CGGGGAUCGCUGGGCCCCACCGGCCCCUCCCCUCUCGCCGCAGCCCAGACGCGGGUCGGGGCCGCUGGGUUCUGUUCCCGGCUCCCUGCCCGAGCUCCGGGGCAUGGGGCGAGCUCUGGGCCUGGGAGAGGGGCCCGCGGCGUCUCCCUGCCGCCCGGGGGUACCCACCAGGAGCGGGACACCAGGGCUGGCGGAAAGGCGGGGCGAGCUCGGAGGCGCUUCGGGCUGAGCGGGCCCCAGGCAGUUGGGUUUCAGAGCGGCCGCGGGUUGGGGGUGAAAGGGCAAAAUCCUGGACGUUGAGAAUCGCCAGAGGGGUCAGAGGCGAGCAGCGAGAACGAGCGCAGGAGAGAACCUGCCUCAGGGUGACAGAUCGUCUCCUCGGGACUCAGCUAGUUACUAUGAGCUUGAUACAGAGUGACAACAGCUAUAGAGCCAGAGAUCUGGAGACUGGCUGCUGUGCAGCCAUGGCCAGUGCGUGCAGUGCUGGAGCUAAAGAAGACAGCAUAGGUGUCUCAGUCAGCAGUGGGACUGGAAACCUUCCAAACUCCUUCACGGAGGAGACUCAAGGAUAUGAUGUGGAGUUUGAUCCCCCCCUGGAAAGUAAAUAUGAAUGUCCAAUCUGUUUGAUGGCUCUCCGGGAAGCAGUGCAGACGCCAUGCGGACACCGGUUUUGCAAAGGCUGCAUUGUCAAAUCAAUAAGAGAUGCAGGUCACAAAUGUCCAGUAGAUAAUGAAAUUCUACUCGAAAACCAACUCUUCCCUGACAACUUUGCCAAACGGGAAAUCCUCUCACUGAAGGUGAGAUGUCCUAACAAGGGCUGUCUUCUGAAGAUGGAGCUGAGACAUCUAGAGGAGCAUCAGUUGAAUUGUGAUUUCUGCUCUGUGGAAUGCCUACAAUGCCAGAGUUCCUUCCCGAAGAACCAGCUGCAAAACCACAUGACACUGGAAUGCCCACGGCGGCAGGUCUGCUGUCCAAACUGUGCUACAUCUAUGGCUUAUGAAGAUAAAGAGCUUCAUGACCAGAACUGUCCACUUGCAAAUGUGUUUUGUGAAUAUUGCAAUACAAUGCUGAUCAGAGAACAGAUGCCUAAUCAUUAUGAUAAUGACUGCCCUACUGCCCCAGUACCAUGUACAUACAGUGCCUUUGGAUGUCCUGAAAAGAUGCAGAGGAAUGAUUUGGCCCGUCAUAUGCAAGAGUACACUCAGGUUCACAUGAGAAUGAUGGCUCAGACUCUCCGGAGUAUUAGUGUUACUACCACAACUCCCAUGUCCUACCUCAGUGGCCUAUCCUUUGAGCCGUCUGUCUUCUCACAUGUCCCACCUGCCACAUAUGAUUGCAACCCAGAAGUUGAGAACUUCAAGGAAACCAUUCAGCAGUUGGAAGGUCGCCUGGUAAGACAAGAUCACCAGAUCAGAGAGCUUAUUGCUAAAAUGGAGACUCAGAGCGCUCACGUAGGAGACCUCAAACGUAAUAUCCAAAAUCUAGAGGAAAAAAUUGCCGAAAUGGAGGCACAACAAUGUAACGGCAUUUACAUCUGGAAAAUUGAGAACUUCAGUACACAUCUGAGAGCCCAAGAGGAAGAGAGACCUGUUGUGAUCCACAGCCCUGGCUUCUACACUGGGAAACCAGGCUACAAACUGUGUUUGCGCCUGCAUAUCCAGUUACCAAAUUCUCAGCGGUGUGCUAACUUUAUAUCCCUCUUUGUCCAUACUAUGCAAGGAGAAUAUGACAGUCAUCUGCCGUGGCCAUUUCAGGGCACCAUACGACUUUCUAUUUUGGAUCAAUCAGAGGGACUUGCAAGGCAGAAUCAUGAAGAAGUAAUGGAAGCCAAACCUGAGCUUCUAGCCUUCCAGAGACCUACAAUCCACCGCAACCCAAAAGGUUUUGGUUAUGUGACAUUCAUGCACCUGCAAGCUUUGAAGCAAAGAACCUAUGUAAAAGAUGAUACUCUUCUGGUGCGCUGUGAGGUUGUAACGCGUUUAGACUUGAACAGUGUACGGAAAGAGGGCUUUCAACCUCGCAGUACUGAUGGGGCUGUAUAGUCUGUUGCGCCCUAACUAAGGGAGCCCCACACUGCUGUUCUUCCACAACAGAUUGGAAGGACAAGAGCAUGAACGAAGGGAUUUUCCAGAGGGGAAAAGCUUCAUGAUAAGAGCAAUUAUCUGGGUUGAACAAUGCCAUUCUGCUUGCUAAUGCAGCUAAUUUAACAGAAUAGAAUUUGCUGCCUUUGGUAAUACAAUCUUUUCCUUUGUGGGUCAUGUAUUAAAUAUUUCUUCUUCUCUGUUAAUGUAUUAAGCUAAGUGAGGGAAGUAUUGCUGUGUUAUCAAAGGUGAAAUUCUUCAGUAAGAAUUUAUUCCUACACUGGAGGAGUUUGGGUCAAAUUCCACUUCUAGUGAGUAAGUGAAGCAUUGAAGCUGAAUGCCCCAGAUGUCCUAAAUACGGAAGUAUUGAAAAGCUACUGAAAGGGGCAGAAAGCAGGGGAUGAGGAUGGGGAAGCAGCUGGGAGGAGUGGAGGUCAUGUGGGGGUGGUAGAGGAUAAAGCAGGGGGAUUAUUUGGGGCUCAGGCUAGCAGUGCCUAGCAUAAGGGGACUAAGGGCCAGGGGACAGGCAGGCUGAGAGGGGUACAACUAGUUCAUGCUGGUCCAGGUCACAUCUCCCUGGGGAGUUAACACGGCAGGACCCAGAAUCCCAGGGAAGUUUCUCCUGUAUGCACCUGGGAAAUGGCACCUCCAGCUUCUGGCUCCAAUUUCAGCUAGUGCUCUGAGAUCAUCCCCCUCCAUGCCCUUCCUUGAGGGCUAAAUAGCAGCUGCCCCCACUGACCACUUUGUAUAUGCCUGUCUGCCCCUCUGUCCUGUGGGAUCCUUUCUGUGCUUGUGCACCUGCCUAAGUGCUUCUGUCCUGAUUGACCUCUUGUGCUCCUACCCCAUAGACCUUCCCCCCGUUUGUCCUGCUCUCUGCCCAUCUGCCCUUCAGUCUCAGCUGGUUUGUCCUUUUGUCUGUCAAUCUCCCUCUCACCUAUCUCAGCCAGAGGCAUGAAGCACGAGGGCCAAAACUCUGCUGCUGCUGGUGAGGGCUCCCGACCAGACACAGUAGCCUCUUGUCCCUGGGAGCAUCUGAGCUGCCGUGCACCCACUGCCACCAUCUUAGAAUCAUAGAAUAUCAGGGUUGGAAGGGACAUCAGGAGGUCAUCUAGUCCAACCCCCUGCUCAAAGCAAGACCAAAACAGGUCACUGCUGAGCAUCUGCUUUAACUAAAAUAGAUAUGAAGCCGCCAGGAGGCUGGUGGUGGUGCCAGUGCUGGGACAGGCACCAAGUGGAAGCAGCGUACAAAGUUGUGACCAGCUGCUGCCAGCAGCAGAAACACUGAGAGAAGCAGCAGCAUGGCAGGGAGCAGGGGCUGAGCUGGGCAGGGUAGGUGAGUAGAGGCCCCCACUAUGGGUCGGUGUCAUGGGGCUGCUCUAAGGGAGACAGUUCAGAGUGACGGUUUCCCCUGCUAUCUAGAGAGGUGGAUUGACUUCAUUGCCACAGCUGCUGCUUAAUAGUACCAGAAUGGUGUUCUGGCGUGACUACAUCACUGCCCGGGGGGAUACAACGCACGUACUGUAGCGGAAGUGAACUAGCUGAACUAUGAAAGAUGGUCUCAUGCUACAGAUUCAGGAGAUAUUCACCUUGGAAUACAGACCAGUCUAAAUGGACUUAAAUCCAAAUGGCAAGAAUAGAGGAAGGAAACAAAAGUACAGACUGUUUAAGUGCCUUUAUAGCUUAGCCAGGGAAUGCACAGCAAGGGAAACUCCAACACUUUGAAUUUACCAUGUUCGUUUUGGAAUAUGAAGUAAGAUUAGGUCUCAGUCCACGGUCCCUAGACAUCUGUCGGUCUCUCUCUAUCUUCCUCCUCCCAGGGAAUUAUGUUCAGAAACAUUCAAACAGGAACCCGCAUGAUGGUGUU